CUCGCGGCAGGCCGUUCCCGACAUGCUCUGCGGCCCGGCCAUGGGCUCCGAGGCCGCCCGGCUGCUGGAGGCCGCCGACUUCGCAGCCCGGAAGCACAAGCAGCAGCGGCGGAAGGACCCCGAGGGGACCCCGUACAUCAACCACCCCAUCGGUGUGGCCAGGAUCCUGUCUCAGGAGGCUGGAGUAACGGACAUUGCGGUGCUGCAGGCUGCUCUGCUCCACGACACAGUGGAGGACACGGACACCACCUUCUCGGAGAUCGAGGAGCAGUUUGGGGAGGAGGUGAGGCAGAUCGUGGAGGAGGUGACAGACGACAAGAUGUUGCCCAAGAUGGAGCGGAAGCGCCUGCAGAUAGAGCGUGCGCCCCACAGCAGCCGGGGAGCCAAGCUGGUCAAGCUGGCAGACAAGCUGUACAACCUGCGGGACCUGAACCGCUGCACGCCGGCAGGCUGGUCUGAGCAACGGGUCCAGGAGUACUUCCUGUGGGCCUCCCAGGUGGUGAAGGGUCUGCGUGAGACAAGCCCUGCGCUGGAGGAGAAGUUGCAGCAACUGUUCAGGGAGCGAGGGCUGCCGGAGUGACUGUGCGGGGUGCCCGCCCUGUGACACUUGCCAGCAAAUGCUGCUAAGUCAAGCACUGAUGUUAACUACUGACUCCCUAACUACUUCAGGCACUCCUGCCCCCUGGGCAAGGGAGGGUGCAGAUAUGGGGGCCAGAUAAAGGGCAGCACAGAAUUGGACAGGGGAUUAAAGCCCAAGCGAUCACCUGCUACAGAAUACCCACCCUCUCCUGGGGGGUGGGAGCUCUCAUUUCCACUGCUUCUCUCUUUCUCCUCUGGCCUCCAGCUCUGAACUUCCCCCUCCAGACGGAGCAGGGCAUAUGCUCCUCCCAAAGACUCUCAUAACCCUCUCCCUGGGGCUCAGCUGGGGAGGAGAAGUGGGGGUAGGUAGACAGACCCUUCCCCUCAGCUGGUGUUUCCUGUCCCCCACCCUACCUGGGCUAGGGCCCUAAGGCUCUGGGGAGGUCACACCCUAACUGGGGGUCAGGGUCUAGGCUCUGAGUGCAGCCUGCCCAGCUCGGGGACCGAACCGAGUGACUGUCUCUGAAUAAAAGCCCUGGGUGCCAUGAGCCUGGUGUCUGUGUCCCUCGCCCCCGAGGUCUGGGCAGAGCCUAGGAGCUCUGAUGGGGCUGGGGGGAACCAGCGCUGCUAAGCCCAUGGGCGGAGGAGCUGGACUGGGGCAGGCUUGACUUGGCGGCAGUGU